GGUGGCGUCUUUUAACCGACUCCCUCGGUACUAAUAGUGAUGAGUGCAAGAAAUAAGGUGCUGGCCUCUAAAACAUGCUAUAAAAGCGGCAGGACCGAGCCUGGCAGCCCGGCAGCCGCCAGCGGGUAUAUCCUUCCGCCAGCUCGCAGAAUGGAGUCCUGGUCCUUUUAGACCCGCUGCCAAGGGGGUGGGGUGUAGAGCGGAAGUUAUGGCGCGGGGCCGAAGUCUGGCUGAUGAAGGGCGGAAGUAAGAGUACCAACUCCGCAAUCAUGGCUCAAGAGGAGGAAGAUGUUAGAGAUUACAAUUUGACGGAGGAACAGAAGGCGACCAAGGACAAGUAUCCUCCAGUCAAUCGAAAGUAUGAAUAUUUGGAUCAUACGGCUGAUGUCCAAUUACACGCAUGGGGAGACACUCUGGAGGAAGCAUUUGAACAGUGUGCCAUGGCCAUGUUUGGUUACAUGACAGAUACUGGGACUGUGGAGCCCCUCCGCACCGUGGAAGUAGAAACCCAAGGGGACGACCUGCAGUCUCUGCUGUUCCACUUUUUGGACGAGUGGCUUUACAAGUUCAGCGCUGAUGAGUACUUCAUACCCCGAGAAGUGAAAGUACUUAAUAUUGAUCAAAAAAAUUUCAAGUUACGAUCCAUUGGGUGGGGAGAAGAGUUCUCACUGUCCAAGCACCCUCAGGGAACAGAAGUCAAGGCAAUAACGUACUCAGCAAUGCAAGUCUAUAAUGAAGAGAAGCCAGAAGUGUUUGUGAUCAUCGACAUCUAAAAUACCAAAGAUGGAAGAGACUCUUGAAGAACUCAUCUGUUUUCUUCCUUUUGAGAGGAUGUGAUGACUCCUUUUCUAUCGUAUCUGUGCUAAAUGGAAAUACGGAACUGCUAAUUUAAAGUGUGAUUUUCAGAAAUGGAAAACCAGUGUGUAGCUGUGGUCUCUAGAUAAUGAAGUCCUUGAUUUUUGAGCAGCA